GGAAGUAAACAAAAAAGGGAGAACGCUCGAUUACAGAAGUAGGGUGACAAAAAUAGUAAAUAAACAAAAAGUAAACAGUGAUGCAUAACAAUCGUAAUGACUCAGAUUUUGGGUGAGAGAUUUUCUUUGUGCUAAUAAUUAAGUCAAAAUUAUUUUAUUAUGUCCGAUGUUGCUGGAAGCGAUAAACAAGGUCUAGUCUUUGAAAUCAUAUCGGCCAGAAUUUCGGAAGAGAUUGAAGAAAGGAAACAUGUGAUAUACACUUUACAGGUCCGUUUUAUUUCUGGCAAUGACGAUUUGAGUCCUUCCGUAAUAGAAAGGAGAUACACUCACUUUUUAAACCUCUACAAUGAUUUAAGGAAAGAGCAACCUCAACUGAUGGCUAGUAUUGCAUUCCCCAAGAAAGUUCUGUUAGGCAACUUUGACAAUGAACUAAUUUCUACUAGAAGUACAGGGUUUGAAUCGCUUUUGAAGCAUAUCACUAUGGAGAGUAAGUUGAGGAGCUCCAACUCACUACUGAAGUUUUUACAGGAAGUUGAAUUACUCAAAGCCAAGGAUUUAUUGGAUAAAAAGGAUCAUGACCUCGCUUAUCCUAUUUUAGAAAAUAAUUUCAAAUUACUAAAUAAGGUAUUCACAGAUAGAUCUCCCGCAGUAUUACUAGCCUUAUGUCGGCUACUAGCUUGUACCCUGUCUAUUCCAGGGAUGCCCCAUUCUCUGAAAUGGGCAGAUUUGACCUUGCAUAGGUACGAAGGAGUCAGCGAUAGUGAUUUAUUGCAACUGUAUGUGCCGUUAUUGCAGACCUGUGCUAGGGUUUGGUGGCAAAAUGGUAGGAAUAAAGAUGAACUCGAGCAGAGGCUCGCGACUCUUCAGAAACAAGGCGUUAAAGUUGGUGAAUCUAUGUCGCUUAUGGAUGCAGUGAACUCGGUAGAAGAAAAAAUUUUUCCACUAAAUUAACGGUUUAUUUUUAAAAAGCAGUCAUUUCAAUCUUUAUUAAAAAUGUCAAUUAAAAUAUAGGACGUUUUCUGGAGUUUUAAUUGAUAUGGGUAAAAAUCAACUGAUUUUAACUUGAUAGUUUAAAAGAAAAUGUCAAUUUUCUAAUGAAUAAUACACAGUUUAGCAAGUAAGUUUAAUAUUUACACUUGGUAGGUUUGGUUUGUGAUAUCUUUAUACUCGGACACAUGUAUUAGCACACCAUAUUUUCUAGUGCUCUGCAGUGAUAUGUACGUAGUAUUAAGUACAUAUUUUUGUGUUUAAUCGAACCUAUUUAUUGUUAAUUUAUUGUUUGUACAUGUACAAAAAUUUGUCUGCAUUAUUAUAAAAUAAAAUGCUUUAUCAUCA